UUGCUAAUAAGGUGAAGGCAAACACAUGCCAAGACCCUCUAGGUGCUUGUCUACAAUGUGAUGAGAGAUGCAAAGCUAAGCAUGGGCCAACGGGCCAAGCUAGUUGCGACAGAAACCAAUUAUGCACGUGCUAUUACACAUGCGGACCGUCACCAACUCCUCCACGACAGCAAAAACAAUGCUAUGGUGGGGCUGGCUUGUGCAGCAGUGCAUGCAAUCAAAACUGUGCACAGAAGUAUCUUGGUGGAUCUGGAUUUUGUGAGAGCCUUGGCAACACUAGAUUGUGCAAAU